CCAAUGGCGGAUCCAUACCACAUAACAUACCGUACAAAACCUUCUUUUUCCUAGCGUUCAUUUGAUCUGAUUUUAGAAGAUGGAAGUAUCAAUACGACGUCUCCAUUUCUUCUCGCUGAUAACUCUUUUAUCCUUUCCUCGCCACCUCCAUGCAUCACCGGAAUAUUCUCGUCCCCCUCCCCGGCCGAUCAUCUUCACCUCACACACCCGAUCAGAAUCUGAUCCUCAACAGGUGCAUAUAUCAUUGGUCGGAGUAGAUCAUGUGAGGGUAUCGUGGAUUACUUCUCACAAGCAUACGAAGUCAACGGUGGAAUACGGGAAAUCACCGGGAACAUAUGAAGCAUCCGCAACUGGUGACCAUACCUCGUACCACUACUUCUUCUAUAGCUCAGGUGAGAUUCACCACGUCGUAAUUGGACCCUUGGAGCCAAGCACAACUUAUUACUACAGGUGCGGCGGUUCCGGCCCGGAAUCUAGCUUCAGGACACCUCCCUCGGAUUUGCCGAUUGAAUUUGUUAUCGCGGGGGACCUGGGUCAGACAGAAUGGACAGCCUCCACCUUAUCCCACGUGGGGGCAAGGGAUUAUGAUGUAUUUUUACUCCCGGGUGACUUGUCCUACGCCGACACCCACCAGCAACUCUGGGACUCCUUCGGACGGCUGGUGGAGCCAUACGCCAGUCGGAGGCCAUGGAUGGUAACAGAAGGAAACCACGAAAUUGAAACCUUCCCCAUCGUAUACCCCCACGGUUUCAGAGCUUACAAUGCAAGAUGGCGAAUGCCAUACGAACAAAGCGGCUCCGAGUCGAAUCUGUAUUAUUCCUUCAACGUCGCCGGGGCACACAUUCUCAUGUUGGGAUCCUACACCGACUUCGAUGCUGACUCCGACCAAUACAAGUGGCUCGAAGCUGACCUGGCCAAGGUCAAUAGGACGACCACGCCUUGGAUCUUCGCGCUCCUUCAUGCGCCCUGGUACAACUCUAACGAAGCUCAUCAAGGGGAAGGAGAAAGCAUGAGAAAGGCCAUGGAAGAGCUGCUGUACAAGGCCCGAGUGGAUGCGGUAUUUGCCGGACACGUGCACGCUUACGAACGCUUUACAAGAGUAUUUGAUAACACGGCCGAUCCCUGUGGUCCUGUAUACAUAACCGUCGGUGACGGCGGGAAUAGAGAGGGACUUGCUCUAAAGUUUGAGAAGCAAAAGCCGUCUAUAUCAGUAUAUCGGGAAGCAAGCUUUGGACAUGGGCGAUUGAGGGUUUACAACCAAACACAUGCGCACUGGUCGUGGCACCGGAACAAUGACUCUGACUCUUUCGAGGCCGACCGGGUGUGGCUACAAAACAUCUACGCCUCCACCACAUCAUGCACGGAACCCACUCCUCAAAGUCAAAGGGAUGAACUCUGACCAAGUCAAAAAUUAAAUUGACAUUCAGAUGCAGUAGCUAGGUCCGUCAUACUUCAUUUGAUCAAGCUUUAUGAUACAGCUUCCUUCACUUCAAAUUUCUUUUGUUUCUAGACACUCCUAAAAGAAUGUGGAGGCGACGGAAGUUAGAUUUGGAUACUUGAAAGUUGGAGUUGGUUACCGAGUACUGACUUUUGAGUAACCUUUGCUGGAUACUGUAUACCACUGUGUGCAAAACAUACUGGUACUAGUUAUUAGUUACCACUCCAAUUGUUAUUCUUGUGACCUUUCCCAUAUAUUACUUCCCAAGUUUUUUUUUUUU